AUGGGGACAACGGCCAGCACGGCCCAGCAGACGGUGUCGGCGGCUGCCUUCGAGGCCGCGCGCGGCGCCAGCGCCAUGGAGGACCAGCGCUGCUCGAGCAUCCCCUCCUUCCAGGCCGCGGGGCUGCACAACAGCAAGGCCAAGUCCAUCAUCACCAACAAGGUGGCGCCCGUGGUCAUCACGUACAACUGCAGGGAAGAGUUCCAGAUCCACGAUGAGCUGCUGAAGGCCAACUACGCGGUGGGCCGCAUCUCGGACAGCACGCCGGAGCACUACCUCGUGCAGGGCAAAUAUUUUCUGGUUAGCGAUGUGUACAGUAAGUUGGACGUCUUGAACACCACCGGCAGCUGCGGCGCUCCGAAUUUCCGGCAAGCCAAAGGCGGCCACGCCGUGUUUGGCAUGGGGCAGCCCAGCCUCAAAGGCUUCAGGCAGAUGCUGCAGAAGAUCCAGAAGGAGGGACACAAGGAAUGUGUCUUCUUCUGCGUCCGCGAGGAGCCCGUGGUCUUCCUGCGCGUGGAGAGUGACUUCAUGCCCUACACGCCACGCGGCAAGGAGAACUUGCACGAAAACCUGCACAGCCUCCAGAGGGGGGUUAAGGUGGAAAACCUGGAGCUCACCAUUCGCAAAGAGCUCCACGACUUUGCGCAGCUGAGCGAGGGCACCUACUAUGUCUAAAACGACAUCGAGCACUUCAAGGACGAGCCGCAUGCCGUGAGGAUCCGGGGCGAGGAGGACGUCCACGUGACAGAGGAGGUCUACAGGAGGCCCAUCUUCACGCAGCCGUCCUACAGGUACCAUCGGCUGCCCUUGCCUGUGGAUGGUGCUCCUCUCGAGGCCCAGUUUGAUGGUUUCAUGCAGUUCCUCAGGGAGAGCCCCAACGUGCUGCUGCUCCGCGAGCCUGGCAGGCCCCCGCCGGCCCUGCUCUUCAGCUGUCAGACCGGUGUCGGCAGGACCAACUUGGCCAUGGCCAUGGGCACCCUCGUCCUCCUCCAGCACAAGGGAGCAACGCCGAAGCCUGACCUCCCCCAAGCAGCUAAAAUGCCGACAAGGGAAAGGUUUCGGGUCAUUCAGGCCUUCAUUGAGAUGGUACCAAAAGGUCAACAGAUGGUCGAGGAGGUGGACGGUGCUAUCGCCUGCUGCUCGGAGAUGCACGACAUGAAGGAAGCCAUCUACGAAUACAAGAAGAAGCUGGAAGGCAUCGGGGAAGACUACCAGAUCCAGGGUAACAGCACCAAAGAGUAUUUCCUCCAGAGGACUUUGCAGAGCCUUGAGCGCUACUUCUACUUGAUCGCCUUCGACUACUACCUUCACGAGCAGUACCCCCUGGGCUUUGCCCUCAGCUUCAGCAGGUGGAUGUGCCGGCACCCCGAGCUCUACCGGCUGCUGGCCAACAUGAACGUCUCGGAGCUCAGCGUGACGGCGGAGCUCCUAACCAAGGGGACGCGGGUGCUGGUGGCGGAUGAGCGCUUCUCCCCGGAUAUGCUGAGCACCAUCAAGGAGAUGAACGUGGCCAACUUCCGGCGGGUGCCCAAGAUGUCCGUCUACGGCACGGCACAGCCCAGCUCCAAGGCUCUUGGGAAUGUCCUGCGGUACUUGACCGAUGGCAAGAGGAAGCACUCGCACAUCUUGUGGAUAAACCUCCGGGAGGAGGUGGUCCUGGAAGGGAACGAACAGAUCUACACGCUCAGGGAACCGGGGAGCCUCGAGCAGCUCAUCACGGUGCCUGCAUCCUCACCCGAGCAGCUGGAGAAACUAGAGUCCACCCUGAAGAAUGACCUGCUGAAGUGCCAGAAGUGGCUGGAGGUUUACCUGGAGGCGGAGAAGCAGAUGAAGCUGUUCAAGAGCUGCUCGACCACGCAGGAGGUCUUCAACCAGCAGAAGACCACGUGCCAGGGCCUGACGUACCGGCGAAUCCCCAUCCCCGACUUCUGCGCUCCCAAGGAGCAGGACUUCGACCGGCUGCUGGAGGCCAUGAAGAGCAGCCUGGCUGAGGACUCCCAGGCAGCCUUCGUUUUCCACUGCCACAGCGGCCGGGGGAGGACAACCACCGCCAUGGUCAUCGCUGUCCUCACGCUGUGGCAUUUCAACGGCAUCCCCGAGAUGAGCGAGGACGAAAUUGUGAGCGUGCCCGACGCCAAGUACACCAAGGGAGAGUUUGAGGUGGUGAUGGAAGUGGUGCAGCUCCUGCCUGACGGCCACCGCAUGAAGAAGGAGGUGGACAUGGCCCUGGACACUGUGAGCGAGACCAUGACGCCCAUGCACUACCACCUCCGUGAGAUCAUCAUCUGCACCUACCGCCAGGGAAAAGCGGCCAAGGAGGAGCGGGAGAGGCAGAUCUUGCAGCUGAGGAGCCUGCAGUACCUGGAGCGGUACAUUUACCUGAUCCUCUUCAACGCCUACCUGCACCUGGAGAAGAAGGACUCAUGGCAGCGGCCCUUCAGCGCCUGGAUGCGCCAGGUGGCAGCCGGGGCCGGUGUCUACGAGGUGCUGAACCAGCUGGGCUUCGGCGAGCUGGAGCGCGCGGAGGGGCCGGCGCUGCGCCAGCUGCGGCACCGCUGGCGGGAGCGGAGCGGCGCCCCGCGGUCCUUCCGCGGGGAAUUCCUCUAG